AUGUCGUCCAUCACGUUCUCCAGCCAACAUACCUCAGGCUUCGGGUCGUCUGCGUCCUCCAUAUCAGAUCGCGAACUGCAUGACUACUCGUCAUCGUUCGAUGUCGUCCCCGAUGUCUCCUUCCAAACCAACCCUCUGUCCGCCCACCCUCCUCGCUCGUCGCACCACGCCACCGGGAGUACGUCCAGCGUGUAUGGAAGGGAGGUGUACAGCAAUGCAGAGGAAGUUGUAGAGAAGACGCUUCCGUAUGACGCGGACUCUGACUAUGGGGACGACAAGGCGCGCGCGGAAGCAGAGAGUAAGGUCAGGAAGGAGGAGGUCUGGAGAGAGUUGCUCAAGACAACUAAUGGUCGCGACAAAGCCCUAAAAGCCAUGCAAUACUCACUCCGGAUGUAUCUGCUGUUCCACUCUUCGUUCAUGAUGACUUCUCUGCUUAGAAGUAAGACACGGCGGCCAUGGGACAUUGAACUAGUGAAACGCUGUGAGUCGACGAUAGGUGGCCUAUCAUUGACCAGAAAAUGCCUUAUUCUCUUCAACUGGCUCACUCCUUUGACAUCAAUAUUGGCGCAGCAUGAUAGCGUGCCAUAUUCCAUAGAUUCCUCUGGUGCCAAGUCUAAGAGCAAACCCUUGCUGCAUACAUUCCUGCACACCCAGCCACCAGUCCUCCUCGAGCUGGUGAACGGCCUUUCAGAUGAUGUAUAUACCUUCGCGCGCCUGGGUCUGAUCGGAAAGCGGCUAGGAGAGCGUGCAGGGCGGUUCUCCGACUGGUGCUGGUUCGUGGGCACCCUCAUCGACCUCGUGGAGAAUACUUUGCAGAGAAACGUAGUUAGCGGCCAGCAGCACGAAGUCGAGUCGCGGCUCUAUACGGAUUCGAUGACGGGUGCGACGACCAAGUCAAAUCCGAAAGCUUCGAAGAUCGAUGAGCAGGAGCUCGCGCGGCUUCACAGAGAAGCGUACUGGAUACGCGUUUCAUUCUUGAAGCUGGUAAUGGACUUGAUAUUUGUCUCAUACAACGUGUUCAAUAUGAAACGCGCCAAAAAUCAGGUCCAGACAUUCACCGGCCUGGCGGCCGCACUGCUCAGUACCUCCAAGCUGUACGAGCGGCAUAAGAUGGCGUUGUUCAAAGCACCUUAG